UGAAAGAAAAAAGCCAGCCCUGGCCGUCCAAAGGGCCCCCCAGCGAAGGCGGCGAAGGGGGGAGAGAGAGGCCCCCGGGGCAGGAGCCGAGCAGCAGCCGGACCACGCAGCCAGUGCCUGUUGGAAGCGAAUUGAGCAAUUAUCUAGUUUACCUUCUCCUCUUGGAAGUUAACGAUUGGCGGGAUCGUGGCUGCUGCUAUUGACCCAACAUUUUCCGCGGAGAGAGAAAAAGACAGAGAGAGGCGACGAGAGAAAGCCACCGCCCGCCGUACAAGGAGCGCGCGGGGCGCUAUGGGCCGGCGUGGGUCCACCUGGCGGGGCAAGUCGGUCUCCCGGGCGGCGGUCGAGCCGGUCAGAAGGAUGGUGGCGGCGACGGCGCUGAGGAUGGCGGCGGCGGGGGCAGCCUGGAGGUCGGGGCCGGAGGGCCAGGCAGCGGCGGCCGCGGGGGUGGGAGACGCCCUGCCGGCAUCUCAGUGACCAGGCGCAGCAGCAGGGGCCGAAUCCGCCCGAGGGACGUAGUCGGAGCCCGCCGGGCCUGCCAUGGACAAUAACAGCGGGCCCCCGCAGGCGCAGCAGCAGCAGCCCCCGACGGCGGCCAAGAGCGUGAGCGUGCCGCCCCGGGGAACCAUGCUGAGCGCUUCCAAGCCGCUGGCCUUCUCCAUCGAGCGCAUCAUGGCCAGGACGGCCCCCGAGCCCAAAGCCCGACCGUUGCUUCCCCAUUUCUUGCCGGGCGGGGGGGCCAAGGUCGGCGGCGAGGCGGCCAAGCAGCAGCCGCCACUCAACCUGGGGCCCUCCAUCCCCUGCAUGAUCCCCUUCGUGCCGCUGGCCUACGAACCCUUCGCCAAGGCGGGCUCGGAGGGCAGGAAGCCCCACCUGGACCCGCCUUCCUCCUCCUCCUCCUCCUCGCCGUCGUCUUCGUCCAGCUCCUCCUCGGCGGCGUCGCUGGGCUGCGCGCUGAGCCUGAAGCCCGCGGCCGACCUGAACCCGCUGCAGCACCACCACUACAAACUGGUUCGGCCCCGCGUGGUCAACCACUCGUCCUUCCACGCCCUGGGCGCCCUGGGCUACUUCAGCCGGGCCGCCGACCCGCCGCCGCCGCCGCCGCCUUCCAGCCUGGGCCUCCACCCGGUGGCCUCCUACUUCCUGGGAUCGCCGCUCUCCGGACCCGCGCUCGCCUUGCAAGCCCCGACGGCACCCAAGGCCUACCUUGCGGAGAGGAACAAGCUGCAGGCGCUGCCGCCCGGCCCGGACAAGUACCCGCCGCCCACGUUCAAGGACCUGGCCGCUGCCGCCCAGCUCCACAGCGCCGCCGCCGCCGCCGCUCACCUGCUGGCCGCUGAAAAGCUGCCCUUCAAGGGUGGGGCGGCCGAUUUCAGCCGCGGCUCGCCGGGCGCCAAGCCCAAAGUCUUCACGUGCGAGGUCUGCGGCAAGGUCUUCAACGCGCACUACAACCUCACUCGCCACAUGCCGGUGCACACGGGCGCCCGGCCCUUUGUCUGCAAGGUCUGCGGCAAGGGCUUUCGACAGGCCAGCACCCUCUGCAGGCACAAGAUCAUCCACACCCAGGAGAAGCCCCACAAGUGCAACCAGUGCGGGAAAGCCUUCAACAGGAGCUCGACCUUAAACACCCACACGCGGAUCCACGCCGGCUACAAGCCCUUCGUCUGCGAAUUCUGCGGGAAGGGCUUUCACCAAAAAGGCAACUACAAGAACCACAAGCUGACGCACAGCGGGGAGAAGCAGUUCAAGUGCAAUAUCUGCAACAAGGCCUUCCACCAGGUGUACAACCUGACCUUCCACAUGCACACCCACAACGACAAAAAGCCCUUCACCUGCCCUACUUGUGGCAAGGGCUUCUGCAGAAACUUUGACCUCAAGAAACAUGUCCGCAAACUGCACGACAGCGGUGGCAGCGGUAGCGGCCCUCUGGGGCUACCUCGAACCCCUGUCGAACCGGAGCCUCCACCGCUGCUCCCCCACCCCUGAGCCACCCGACAGCACUCCUUCUGCAUGCAGUGCCUCAGUGGCCCCUCAGCACCAGCGCUGGCCAGGAGCCGCUCUCUUCCUCCGCCAAGCCGCUCUUGCUUCUGGGACUGCUGGAGAGAGGCCACAGUGGGUUUGGUGGGGGGUGGAGGAAUGGAGGUCAAAGACUGCAACCUCCCCCACCUCGACUUGGGGACAAGGACUAAGGAUUACAUUCCCAUGAGGAAUUUUGGACUGUAUUUAUUGGGGGGAGGGAGCCCUAGCCAGGCAGCUACCCAGCUUUGCCAAAUCCUCCCUUGUUGUGAGGGCAAGGGUGGGGGAGAAAAAGCCCUUCUGCUUGGUGCCCCUUAGUCUGGCCCGGGCUUGAGUGUUUUCCCUCCCUAGGCAGCCCUACCUGGUGGGAUAUUUCUCCAUCCCUUUUCCCACAAGAUGGCCUCUAAUUCCAGAAACCCGUUAAUAGGAGGUGCCCUUUCCAGGGUGUCAAACCAGUUGCAUGCCCUGGGAAAGGAUUGUUCCCGAUCCUUGAUCAGGUGAUACUAAAAGGCGCCUCUGAGGGAUCUGUUGCGCCCUGCACUGGAAUGCAAUCAAAACCUUUGGGAUUCAAUAGUGCAUCUUAGUCCCAAAGAGUGCCACUCUAGAGAGCAAGAGUGAUCUUGCCUUGAAGAUGUGCCUGGCCUCAGAAAAUCCGAGAGUCCAGGAAACUCCUCGCCCGGCCCGCCCCCCUUAGAAAACACGACCCCCUUGCCCGUACAGUGGGGGAGCGCAUCAGCAUCACCAGAGACCCCUUCCUUCCCCGUGCGUCAGGUGAACUGUAAGAGAGGGAGCCCCCUGCCCAAGUCUUCUCCAAUGCGCAGACUUGAUGUUUCUGGAUAGGGGGUUGAGUUAGGGCUCUGUUACAUUCCAGGCACCUGCAGCGGAAUCCAUGACAAACACGCCGAGUCUUCACUGUAAUGUGUGAACCGGGCUACUGCCAAUCUCGCUCUGAUGUGUCCCGGGCCAGGGGAGCAAAGUGGCCCUUCGGAUCUGGCAACCCCUGGCCAGUCCUCCCCGGGAUUCUGGGCUGUAUAUAGUCCGCCACCCCCCACCCCCCACCCCCACUCCGCCCCACCAUACAUUGAUGGACUUUGCCUGCUGGUGGGUGGCCCCGCCGAGGCUGCCCGCAUCGGUCCUUAUCAGCCCCCCAGCCUCGCCUCUUCCCUUCCCUCUGUCCUUCUCUGACUAUCGUGUGGACAGGACUGAGAGGCGGUUUGGGAACGCAUUUGAAAUUCCCCGUUGUAUUUUUUUUUAAAUUAUUACUAUUAUUAUUGUUGUUAUUGCACGCUCGAAAAAGAAAUCCUGGAUGAACUUG